AUGGCGACGAACAACUGGACGCCCUCGUCCUGGAGGGACAAGCCGAUUGCCCAGGACGUCACGUACGAGGACAAGGAGGAGCUGGACCGCGUACUCGGCAAGCUGCGCCGGCUGCCGCCCCUCGUCUCGACGGUCGAGCUGCAGAAGCAGCUCGCCGAUGUUGCGGCGGGCAAGGCGUUCCUCCUCCAGGGAGCUGACGAUCAGGCGCCGAUCGAGCACAAGCUCUCCUUCCGUCUCCCCGUCGUGCGCGUCAUGCGCAUUGCAGGCCAGUACGCCAAGCCGCGCUCUAAGCCGACCGAGAUGGUCGAGAUGGAAGUAACGGAGAACGUGGACGGCGAGCCCCUGACGCGCAUCAAGCGCGAGGAGGUGCUCUCCUACCGUGGCGACAAUGUGAACGGGCACAGCACCAACGAGCGCGCGCCUGACCCCGAGCGCCUUCUCGGCGCAUACUUUCACUCGACGGCUACGCUCAACUACAUCCGCACUCUGCUCUCGAGCGGCUUCGCGGACCUCCACCGUCCCCUGAACUGGAGCUUCUCGCACGUCCGCUCGCCCGAGCUGCAGCGCGCCUUUGCGAGUGUGGUCGAGAGCCUCCAGGACUCGCUCGAUUUCAUGAAGGCUGCGACUGGUGGUGCUGGCGGUUCGGAGCGUGGUGGUACCAGCACGGUUAACAUCUUUACUAGCCACGAAGCCCUUCUCCUCGAGUACGAAGAGGCCUUCACGCGCCCGCACGGCGGCGCGCCCGCCUUCUCGCAGCCGCCUACGCGCGCGAGCACUCCCAGCGGCGGCCGCUCCACCAACGCCGCGUCCAACGGCACGCAGCCGACCAAGUUCUACAACCAGACCUCGCACUUCCUCUGGAUCGGCGACCGGACGCGGCAGAUUGACGGCGCGCACGUCGAGUACUUCCGCGGCAUCGCGAAUCCCAUUGGUAUCAAGGUCGGCCCGACGAUGGAUCCCCAGGAACUCGUCCGUGUGCUUGACAUCAUCGACCCGGACCGGAUUCCGGGCAAAGUGACCGUGAUCGGGCGGUACGGUGCGGAGAAAGUAGAGCAGUACCUGCCCGCGCACAUCGAGGCUGUCAAGGGCACCGACCAUUGCGUGGUCUGGCAGUGCGACGCCAUGCACGGCAAUACACGGACCUCGUCCUCGGACCCCUCUCUCAAGACGCGCCUGUUCUCCGACAUUGUGCUCGAGAUCACGCGCUCGCUCUCCAUUCACGCGCAGCACGGGACGCACCUUGGCGGUAUCCACCUUGAACUCACUGGCGAGGUCAACGAUGAAGGAUACUCUGUCACCGAGUGUAUUGGCGGCAGCAUGGAGUUGGCGGACAAGGACCUCGGCACGAAUUACAGGACACACUGCGACCCCAGACUCAACUUUGAGCAGAGCCUUGAUGUUGCGUUCCUGGUCGCUGAUUAUCUCAAGGCGAGGAGGAGGGGCGAGAAGCCGCGCGACUUGUUCAACAACCAGUGA